GACAGCCUCUCACACAUCAUCUCUAUAGCCUCACCAACUGGGAAACUAACUCACCUGCAAUCCUCCAACCAAAUAACCCCCAACGUUUUAACUAUUGCCAUCUGACAUGGAGACCCAGCAAAGAAACGGCCACCACUCACUUUGCCACACCUGCCGGAGAACGGAGAACAGCAGAAUGAAGGUCAAGAAGAUGUCUUCGUCCAGUCGUGCGCUGCUGUUUGCACUGGCCCUGACGCUCUACGUUGUGGAAAUGGCCUCGGCAGAGACGCUGUGUGGGGGAGAGCUGGUGGAUGCGCUGCAGUUCGUCUGUGAAGACAGAGGCUUCUAUUUCAGUACGUUUCACAGUAGGCCCAGCAGGGGUAACAACCGGCGCACCCAGAACCGUGGGAUAGUAGAGGAGUGUUGUUUCCGUAGCUGUGACCUCAACCUGCUGGAGCAGUACUGUGCCAAACCCGGCAAGUCAGAAAGGGACGUGUCGGCCACCUCUCUACAGGUCAUACCCGUACCACUAAAACAGGAAGUCCCAAGGAAGCAGCAUGUGACCGUGAAGUAUUCCAAAUACGAGGUGUGGCAGAGGAAGGCGGCCCAGAGGCUCCGGAGGGGUGUCCCCGCCAUCCUGAGGGCCAAAAAGUUUCGGAGGCAGGCGGAGAAGAUCAAAGCCCAGGAGCAAGCAAUCUUCCACAGGCCCCUGAUCAGCCUGCCUAGCAAACUGCCUCCUGUCUUGCUCGCCACGGACAACUAUGUCAACCACAAAUGAGCCCGCUGCCAGCCCUUUGCACAGACAAGAGUUUGGAGGGAGAAAAAAAGACUAGGGGAUUAUAGCUUUGUCUCUGACGUCAUUUCUGUGGCAGUCCACUCUGACCUCCCCUGCCCUGUCCGAGCCCACCAAUCCCUCCCCCUGCUCUCAUCCACUACUUCUUGACCCCCUGCCCCCUUCCUAAUGCCCCCCCAUCCCCACCCAUCCACCCUCCUCUGGCACACAAACAUGCCUUCACAUUCAUCCUGUCUGAACUCUUUCGCUCCCUCUCUCUUUCAGUCACUGACACAAAAGGCACAAACACAAAUGAUGAACAAAAAGUUAACAAUUCGGCUGAAUGCAAUUCAGGUGGAUCCUUAAGCAAAAGAGAAAAGGGAAGAGAGAGAAGAAGAUGAAAGAGAUCUGUGGUUUGCAAGUGUCAAGAGGACACCCAGCGGAAUGUUUUUUUUGUUUUUUUUGUCCUUGUGGAAGACAACUGAAAGUGAAGAGCAGCUUGCAUGAAAGAAUCCAUUCCACAUCAUUUUUCCUGAGGCAAAAAGAAAAUCUCUGUUAGUUAUUUUUCUUAUUAGUUUGCACCUCUACCUAUAAAGGGACUUCCACACUGUAAGGAAUUAUUUUGUAAAAUUAGAUUCCUGUUCCAGCACCUUUUGAUCACAAACAAAAAGCAGAAAAGAGUCUGCAAAUUGCACAUUGCCACGGAUUACGUCAAAGUAAAGAAAAAAAUGGCACUAUUUUUUUAUGAACAAUGAACGUGUAGCUUAAAAAAAUGUCAUGGUGCUAGCUUUGAGAAUGGACUCAAAGAAGAGGUUGAAAAGCACGUUUUUUUUCUUUGAAUGAAUAUUAAAACUUUCCGUUUUAAGGAAAGUGUGACUUUUUUAAAUAAAAAAAAGGAAAAUAAAGGAUAUGGGGGAGCUCCUGGCAGUGGCAAUGUCAAGGGGGAAGUGUCACUGAGAAAAGAUACGGGCUGUGUUGGCAUCUUGACUCACAGCGAGUACUAGCGGCUGCUCAUCACUAGCUUGCCAGCAUAAGCGGCAAGGGGGACCUGAGACCCAGUCCCUGUUCCUCCUGUCUCUCUGAGGCUGCCGGACACAGGGAGCAGUGUGGGGACAUAUAUGGGACACCGUGGACUGCCUGGAUUUGGACAGUACUACAGUUCUGGGACAGUACUUCCUGUUUGCCAUGGCUUUGCAGACUGCUCUGACAGGAAGUAACAUGGCAUGGACAAAGAGCGAGUGGGAUAAUGAUGAUUAUAUUUUAUUUUGUCUUUUUUUUCCUGUUUUCUUUUCAUAUCAAUGUUUCAAUGAAAAAAAGGAAAACCCCGUCAGUUUCUGGUACCGUGACAUUCCUGUUUUUCCAAGUUAGGCAUUUUUUUUGUUUCCAUGGUUAUUGUUAUGAUGUUAUUUUACAGUUCUAAAGAAAGGCACAAAAAUUUCGAUUCAAAGGGAAAAAAACAGCAAUAAUGUCAACUAACAUUUUAUUUUUAUUGUAUAUCAGUAGUAUUCACAUGCUUUUGCCUGAAAACAAAUACUUGAAGAUACAUAUAUGUGUGUAUAUAUAUGUAUGUAUAUAUAUAUAUGUACAUCAAUGUGUGUGUAUGUAUAUAUAUAUAUAUAUAUAUAUAUAUAUAUAUAUAUAUAUAUAUAUAUAUAUAUAUGUAUAUAUAUAUAUGUGUGUAUAUAUGUAUAUAUAUACAUAUAUAUAUAUAUAUAUACAUAUAUAUACAUAUAUAUUAAAUAAAUAUAGAUAUAUAAUUAGUUUCCAGGGACGUUGUGUUAUUUUCCUUUAGUCUGAGCUGUAUCUUGCGUAAUGAGCCGCCAAGCUUUUUUGUUUGUUUGUUGAAAUACAAAUAAGGGCACUGUAUAAAGGCAUUAUUUAUUUUGUUAUAAAAUAUAUUUGAAAAAUUGGUCCAAAUAAUAUACGUAGCACUGAUGCUCAACUGACGGAUUUAUUUUGUAUGAUCUCUGUUUUCCAAUUGGAGUUGUAAGGCUUUUUUGUAGAUGCUUUGUACCAAAAAUAAUGUCUUUUUUUCCUUUUUCGUUUGCCAUAGUAACUUUAAAUUAAUAUUUUAACAUCAGCAUAGCCUGGAUGCUUAGGCAUGUUAUGUCACAGAAAUAGGCACAUAUUCUGAAUACGUUGGUCUGCAUGGAUUUCCAGAAACCUGUCAGGGUUAUCUGCGAAACGGGAAGCAUCAAUGAGUGACUCUAUUAUUGGAAAAAUAACUGUUCAAUAUUGAUUGUACUCAACCCACUAUGUUUUGAAGCCACUUUAGUAUUGAUGGCGGAGGGAAUGAUGAGUCCUUCAUUAAAUCAUGUCUUUGUAAUUGUGCAUGGUGUCCUAUGAUCUUCUAAGGAGCAUCUUGCCUAUGUGCCAGUGCCACUGAUGUUUUUGCGUGUUGAUUGGGUCAUGAGGCCAGAAAUGUCCGCUCAGUUGUAGAUUUAGGGCUUCGCUUACAUUUGACUGACAGAUGUAAUUGUGUCGUUGCCCUAAUUGGAGGUAAUACUGUCACUAUGACACUAGUAACAUCAAAGGUCACCUAACGGUCAUUGUCUAUAGUGGAGAGCUUAUCAUCAAAACCUCACUGUUGUCUCUCUGUCUCUCCAUCUUUCUCUAUCUCUCUCUCUGUUUAUCUAUGUUUUUCUUCCAUGUCUUUGUUUGUAAAAGACAAUGCCUCUGAUCUUAUGCAUUAACAGUAUGUAUCUGUAUUUGCAUGGAGGAGAGGGGAGGAGGCAGGGUUGUUAAACUGCAGUUCACCCCUCACCAUCUAUCAUCCAAUCAUCCAUCCAUUAUGCAUUUGAUGAAGGGCUAUCAGGCUGAACCAUUUCUGAAGCAGUCAAAGCACUCAGGAAAAAAAAAAAACAAUCUACACUCUCCAUGGGAGAAGUGGAGUAGUUGCUGAGUGUAAGGGAUAAUCUUGUUGUGGAAGGGCAGCUGAGGUUGUUAACCAUACCUGGCCUCAAUGAUACAGUUCUUUGUGACAAACCACUGAAGCCCAUGUCAGAAGCAAGGUCAUUCUGUGCCACAUUAUAGUUUCCUCCUCUACUGUGUCAUGCAUCACCCCAUGAAAUGGAGACUUAAUGGAUACUUGCCAUUCUGUGGUGAAGAGUCACGCCAAUACUUAAUAUCUUCUUUCUGUCAGAGAGAUCUCAAUUAUCAAGGCUGUGUCCUGUCUCUAAUUAUAUUCUACUUCAGUUGUGCAACGAAGCAGGCAGUGCAAUUAUAUUAUUAUUAUUAUUAUUAUUGAUAAUAUUAUUAUUAUAUUUUCUAUUUUAUUCUAUAUUUUCCUGCUAGGACUGCAUUCAUUCACUAUUGUAAUGUUCAAACAGGCUACUCUAGUGUUCUUAUGAAUGGCGUGAAAGACAACCACUUCUUUUCGCUGAAUAUGAAGAGAUAUCUUGCAGAGCAAUGGCGACUUUUUCUGUGUCAGUAGCUCACUCAGCCUGUGUGUAUUUUAUUGAUUUAACCUCUGCACGCUAGAACGUCCGAAAUGCACAAUUCAUGUACUUUCAUUUUUAAUAUCAAUAAAAAAAAACAUUUUAUCAAACAUACAA